AGUGCAGGGGUAUUACAAAAGAAUUGCGCUGACUCAUAGCGAAAGCCUGAACCAAGAGAAAAGGCACAGCUACUGUCCGAUUUCGGAGCGUAAAUUGUAAAGGGGUAAGUUUGGUCUUUGCCACUUUCAAGAUGGCAGCAGGAAGGGGGCGUACGUACGGCGUAGAACCAGGAAAGGGAAACGCGACCGGUCGCCGUGAGGAACAUCUGGACCUUUGCGCACGUGUGUGGCUGGUGCUUUGCGUCAUUUUCUGCUUCGGUUGAGCCACUGCUGCUGAUUCCUACCGAAGAUGGGAAAGAAGGGCAAAGUGGGGAAAAGCCGGAGGGACAAGUUCUAUCACCUGGCCAAGGAGACCGGGUUCCGAUCCCGGUCAUCGUUCAAGCUCAUCCAGUUGAACCGCAAAUUCCAGUUCCUCCAAAAAGCACGAGCUCUAUUGGAUCUGUGCGCUGCGCCUGGAGGAUGGCUCCAGGUAGCUUCAAAAUUCAUGCCCAUUUCCAGUCUGAUCAUUGGAGUUGACCUGGUUCCUAUCAAGCCCAUCCCCAAGGUGAUCACACUGCAGGAAGACAUCACCACGGAAAAGUGUCGCCAGGCCCUCCGCCAAGAGCUGAAGACGUGGAAGGUGGAUGUUGUGCUGAACGACGGGGCUCCCAAUGUGGGAGCCAGCUGGGUGCACGAUGCCUUUUCGCAAGCCAACCUUACCUUGUCAGCCCUCAAACUGGCCUGCGACUUCCUUUCCAAGGGCGGCUGCUUCAUCACCAAGGUUUUCCGCUCCCGGGACUACCAGCCCCUCCUGUGGAUCUUCCAGCAGCUGUUCCACAAGGUGCAAGCCACAAAGCCGCAGGCCUCGCGCAAUGAGUCAGCCGAAAUCUUUGUUGUCUGCCAAGGCUAUUUAGCCCCAGAAAAAAUUGACAGCAAAUUCUUUGACCCCAAGUUUGCCUUCAAGGAAGUAGAAGUCCAGGCCAAGUCUGUGAGUGAACUGGUGUUGCAGAAGAAGGCCAAGGCUGAGGGGUACGAAGAUGGGGCAACAAUUCUCUAUAACCGCUACACACUGACAGACUUUCUGAAGGCUGCCAACCCAGUGGACUUUUUGUCCAAGGCCAGUGAGAUCGUAAUUGACAACAAAGAGCUACGACACCACAGCGCAACUACCGAGGAAAUCUGCCACUGUUGCCAGGACAUUCGUGUUUUAGGUCGCAAGGAACUGCGGGCUCUACUAAACUGGAGGGCAAAGCUCAGGCGAUUCCUUGCCAAGAAGUUGAAAGAGCAAGCCAAGGAAAUGAACAUCAGCUUGAGCUCCGGUGAAGAGGAGGACGAGAUACAGUCUGGUCAAGCCGCUCCAGAGCCGCAGGGUGCAGUUGAGGAGCAAGAAGAAAAGGCAGAGGAGCAGGCACUGGAGCUGCAGUUGGCUGAUCUCAAGGCCCAGGAGAUGGCCGAGCUCAAGCGGAAGAAACGCAAAAUUCUGCGUGAGCGACGACGGCAGCAAGAGCGCGUCGAGCUCAAGAUGGACCUUCCGGGUGUGUCUGUUGCGGAUGAUGGUGAUACGUCAAUGUUCUCCCUACGGGCCAUUGGAAAAAGUCAGCUGCUCCAUGAGGUGGUCCAGGGUGAUAUGGCAGCAGCAGACACCUUCGUGGCGGAUAUGCUGGGCACAGACGACCUGUCCCUCUCGGAGGGGGAAGAAUCCGACAACAUCUCUUUAGCCAGCGAGUUGGAUGAAGAGGAACUGGCUGAGGUCGAGGAACGGGCAAACCGACUGAUGCCAGCUCACGCCCCUGUGAGGGUGGCUGAGGAGGAAGAGGAGGAGGAGGAUGCAGAGGCUGGGAAUCCUCUGUUGGUGCCUCUGGAAGACAAGGAGGAACGUGAGAAGCAUCAGGCCAACCUGUGGUUUGGGAAGGAAGCUUUUGCUGGGAUCGAGGAUGAUGGCGAUGAGGAUUUGGAGAUUGGGCAGGCCCAGAGCCAGGCGGCACCUACAGCGGUUUCCCGAAAAGUGGAAAAGAAGCAGAAACAGGUGUCCAAGCAGGAGGCCACACCAGAGGUGACCCUCGAAGAAGGCCGGGAUUCCGACGGAACCAAAGCCCCAUCUGAAGCAAAGGACUCUGACUCAGACCUGAGCGAUGACAGUGACAGCGAUGAGGAAAGCCUGCAGCCAGCUGCACAUGUCAGAGUGAAGCGUCCCUUGGCCGAGACAGGAGAUAUUGAGGUGGUCCCCAUAGAAGUUCCAGUGAAACGAGCUCGGGUUCUGGACCCUGAAGGACUGGCGCUAGGAGCCAUCAUUGCUGCCUCCCGCAAAGCCACGAGAGAUUUGGUCGAUGGCUCUUUCAACAGGUACACGUUUAACGAGGAGGUGGGUGAGCUGCCCGAAUGGUUUGUCCAGAACGAGCAACAGCACCGGCGCAAAACGCUGCCCGUGGACCGGCAGGCCGUGGAAGAGGCCCGUCAGCGCUGGCGGGAGAUCAAUGCUCGGCCCAUCAAGAAAGUGGCAGAAGCCAAGGCUCGCAAGAAGCGCCGGAUGUUGAAGAAACUGGAGCAGAUGAAGAAGAAAGCGGAGUCUGUGGUGAACACGGUGGACAUCUCAGAGCGGGAAAAGGCUGCCCAGCUGCGCAGCAUCUACAAGAAGGCAGGACUAGCCAAGGAAAAACGGAAGGUAACCUAUGUUGUGGCCAAAAAGGGCGCAGGCCGGAAGGUGCGGCGCCCUGCAGGUGUGAAAGGUCAAUUCAAGGUGGUGGACAGCCGUCUCAAGAAGGACACAAGAGCCCAGAAGCGGAAAGAACAGAAGCCAAAGCGCCGGCGACAGAAGUGAAGGAUUGUUGUAGUACCGCAACAUUUUGCAGUUGUACCAAGACCAGCAGUCCACAGAUGUGGUGGUUCGUGGAUCAGUUCAAGUGAAAUGAGGUGUGUAGACAUGGGACAAUUUGACCUCAUCUUCGAUGCCUUCCCUUCAGGAGUGGUGUUCUUUGUCAUUAAAUCAUUUUUUCCCACACAA